AUGUCCGGGACCAGCAGCCCCGAGGCCGUGAAGAAGCUGCUGGAAAACACGCAGGGAGACCUGCGGGGCCUGAGCCUGGAGUGCCGGAAGAAAUUCCCCCCCGUCAAGGAGGCUGCUGAAUCAGGAAUAAUAAAAGUUAAAACGAUAGCUGCAAGAAACACCGAUAUUUUGGCAGCAUUGAAAGAGAACAGCUCAGAGGUAGUUCAGCCGUUUCUAAUGGGCUGUGGAACAAAGGAACCAAAGAUUACUCAACUGUGUCUAGCAGCCAUACAGAGACUUAUGUCACAUGAAGUUGUUUCAGAGGCUGCAGCUGGAAAUAUUAUUAACAUGCUUUGGCAACUGAUGGAAAAUAGUCUUGAAGAACUCAAAUUGCUUCAGACGGUUCUUGUACUUUUAACAACUAAUACAGUUGUCCAUGAUGAAGCACUCUCCAAGGCAAUUGUUCUUUGCUUUCGACUUCACUUCACGAAAGAUAAUAUCACAAAUAACACUGCUGCAGCUACAGUGCGACAAGUAGUUACUGUUGUUUUUGAGAGAGUGGUUUUUGAAGACGAACGAUACAAAGAUGUUAUUGAACAACCAGUACCAGUUCCAGGAAACAGUAACAGAAGAUCUGUCAGUACUCUGAAACCAUGUGCUAAAGAUGCAUAUAUGCUUUUUCAGGAUCUUUGCCAGUUGGUUAAUGCUGAUGCUCCUUACUGGCUGGUGGGUAUGACAGAAAUGACCCGGACAUUUGGUCUUGAACUUCUUGAGUCAGUCCUCAAUGAUUUUCCUCAAGUGUUUUUACAACAUCAAGAAUUUAGUUUCCUCCUUAAAGAGAGGGUUUGCCCUCUUGUGAUAAAGCUAUUCUCCCCAAAUAUCAAGUUCAGACAAGGUUCCAGCACAUCAUCUUCACCUGCACCAGUGGAAAAACCAUAUUUUCCUAUCUGCAUGCGCCUGCUGAGAGUAGUCUCUGUUUUGAUCAAGCAGUUUUACAGUUUGCUGGUAACAGAAUGUGAGAUCUUUUUGUCACUACUAGUGAAGUUUCUGGAUGCAGACAAACCACAAUGGCUAAGAGCUGUUGCAGUGGAAUCUAUCCACAGGCUUUGCGUGCAGCCCCAGCUAUUAAGGUCCUUUUGUCAAUCCUAUGAUAUGAAACAGCAUUCUACCAAGGUUUUCCGUGACAUUGUAAAUGCACUGGGAUCAUUCAUCCAGUCGCUUUUUCUUGUACCAAGCACAGGAAACACAUCAACGACAGUAAACCAAACUGGAAGCAAUACAUCUGGUGGUACAGCAUCAUUACAAACCAACCCAGGAAUGCUGGGAAUGGGUGGAGGUGUGACUGUAUUACCUGCAUUUGAAUAUCGAGGCACCUGGAUACCUAUACUCACUGUAACAAUACAAGGCAGUGCUAAAGCUACCUACCUAGAAAUGCUGGAUAAAGUUGAGCCACCUACAAUUCCUGAAGGUUAUGCCAUGUCUGUGGCUUUCCACUGUUUAUUGGAUCUUGUCCGUGGUAUCACUACCAUGAUUGAAGGAGAGUUGGGACAGGCUGAAACAGACAAUCAGACCAUGACUGAGGCAACUUCAUCACCAACACAGCCUUCGGAGCAGCAAGAUUUGCAGUCAGUAUCUGACCAAACUGACAAGGAGCUAGUUAACAGAGCUGUUUGGGAAGAAAUGGUGAAUGCAUGCUGGUGUGGUCUUCUUGCUGCACUGUCGCUGCUUCUUGAUGCCAGCACGGAUGAAGCUGCCACAGAAAAUAUUUUAAAAGCAGAAUUGACCAUGGCUGCACUUUGUGGAAAACUGGGUCUUGUAACUUCAAGAGAUGCCUUUAUCACUGCCAUUUGCAAAGGCUCCUUGCCUCCUCAUUAUGCCCUCACUGUACUGAACAGCACAACUACAACUCUCUCCAGCAAAUCUUAUUCUAUUCAGGGGCAGAAUGUUCAGAUGAUCAGUCCAUCAAGUGAGUCUCACCAGCAAGUUGUAGCAGUAGGGCAACCGCUAGCUCUCCAGCCACAGGGAACAGUAAUGCUGACUUCAAAAAAUAUCCAAUGUAUGAGGACAUUACUUAACUUGGCUCACUGCCAUGGAGCAGUUCUUGGUACAUCAUGGCAACUUGUCUUGGCUACUCUACAGCAUCUCGUAUGGAUUCUGGGUUUAAAGCCUGGCGUUGGAGGUGCCUUAAAACCCGGGAGAGCUGUAGAAGGACCCAGCACAGUUCUAACUACAGCAGUUAUGACUGAUUUACCAGUUAUAUCCAAUAUACUUUCAAGACUAUUUGAAAGCUCACAGUACCUUGAUGACGUGUCUUUACAUCAUUUAAUAAAUGCCCUUUGUUCCUUGUCUCUGGAAGCUAUGGAAAUGGCCUAUGGAAAUAACAAGGAACCAUCUCUUUUUGCUGUUGCUAAACUGUUGGAAACGGGACUGGUUAACAUGCAUAGGAUUGAGAUUCUGUGGAGACCUCUGACUGGUCACCUCCUAGAGGUCUGCCAGCAUCCAAACUCCAGAAUGAGAGAAUGGGGUGCAGAAGCGUUAACCUCUCUCAUUAAAGCCGGGCUUACAUUUAACCAUGACCCUCCAUUAUCACAAAAUCAGAGGCUGCAGUUGCUUUUGUUAAAUCCAUUGAAGGAACUGUCAAACAUUAUUCAUCCUGAUAUCAGGCUCAAACAAUUGGAGUGUGUAUUACAGAUUUUGCAGAGUCAAGGUGACAGUCUAGGACCUGGCUGGCCAUUAGUCCUUGGUGUCAUGGGAGCAAUCAGAAGUGAUCAAGGAGAGUCCUUAAUACGGACUGCAUUCCAGUGUCUUCAGUUGGUUGUGACAGACUUCCUACCAACAAUGCCAUGCACUUGCCUACAAAUAGUUGUUGAAGUUGCAGGAAGCUUUGGACUUCACAAUCAAGAACUAAACAUUAGCCUAACAUCAAUUGGUUUGCUGUGGAAUAUUUCAGAUUAUUUCUUCCAAAGAGGUGAAACCAUUGAAAAAGAGCUGAACAAAGAGGAAGCAGUAUUGCAGAAGCAGGCAGAAGAGAAGGGAGUGUUGUUAAACCGUCCUUUCCACCCAGCACCGCCAUUUGACUGCCUUUGGCUCUGUCUCUAUGCCAAGCUUGGGGAACUCUGUGUAGAUCCACGACCUGCAGUUAGAAAGAGUGCUGGACAGACAUUGUUUUCUACAAUUGGUGCCCAUGGAACUUUACUUCAACAUUCAACAUGGCACACAGUUAUAUGGAAGGUUCUGUUUCACCUGUUGGAUAGGGUUAGAGAGUCUUCCACGACAGCUGACAAAGAGAAGAUUGAGUCAGGAGGAGGCAAUAUUCUCAUUCAUCAUUCAAGGGAUACAGCAGAGAAACAAUGGGCUGAGACAUGGGUAUUAACAUUGGCCGGAGUAGCGAGAAUAUUCAACACUAGGAGAUACUUACUACAACCUUUAGGAGAUUUUUCCAAAGCCUGGGAUGUUCUUCUUGAUCACAUCCAGUCUGCAGCACUCAGCAAAAACAAUGAAGUUUCCUUGGCUGCUCUGAAAAGUUUUCAGGAAAUUUUACAAAUUGUCUCUCCUGUCCGAGACUCAGAGAAACCUGAUACACCACCUGCUAUUAAUGUGCCUGCCCUCCUAGGGGCAAUGACUGCUACUGGUCUGGGCAGAUCAUUCAUGAGAACUGACUCUAUAGGAGAAAGAAUUGGAAGAUAUAAUGAAUCUGAGCCACCUAUAAUAACAGAUGAGAUUGAAGAUUUAAACCUUUGGUGGGCUGCCUGGAACACCUGGUAUAGGAUUGGCUCAGAAAGUACAAAGCCUCCAAUUACUUGUGAGAAAUUGACUUUCAUACCCAGCCAACCUUUUCUCACAGCUUUAAUUCAGAUAUUCCCAGCUCUCUACCAACACAUCAAAACUGGUUUCAGCAUGGAUGAUCUCCAAAAGCUUGGUGUCAUUUUACAUGGUGCUGUUUCAGUUCCAAUCAGUUCUGAUGCUUCCCCUUUCAUCCUGCCAUCUUAUACUGAAGCAGUUUUGACAAGUUUGCAGGAAGCAGUGCUUACCGCUUUAGAUGUCUUACAAAAGGCCAUAUGUGUAGGUUCAGAAAACAUGCAGAUAAUGUAUCCAGCAAUCUUUGAUCAGCUUUUGGCAUUUGUAGAAUUCUCCUGUAAACCGCCACAAUAUGGACAGCUGGAAAUGAAACACAUUGCAAAUGCAAAAUAUAAUCAGAUACAACUAUUUGCACCGGCAGAAUGGGUAGCAUUGAAUUACGUACCAUUUGCUGAGAGAUCUUUGGAAGUUGUGGUGGAUUUAUACCAAAAGACUGCUUGCCACAAAGCUGUAGUUAAUGAGAAAGUUCUUCAGAACAUUAUUAAGACACAGAGGAUACCUCUGAGCUUGAAGUAUGCCUGCCCCUCUGAAAGCACUUGGAAACUAGCAGUAUCUUCUCUUCUUAAAGUUCUUUCUAUUGGACUGCCAGUUGCAAGGCAGCAUGCCUCUUCUGGAAAAUUUGACAGUAUGUGGCCAGAACUAGCCAGCACAUUUGAAGACUUUUUAUUCACCAAAAGUAUACCUCCAGAUAAUCUUUCUAUUCAAGAGUUUCAGAGAAAUGAGAGUAUUGAUGUUGAGGUGGUGCAACUCAUCAGCACAGAGAUACUGCCGUAUGCUAAUUUUAUUCCCAAGGAAUUUGUUGGUCAGAUAAUGGCUAUGCUUAAUAAAGGUUCAAUACAUUCUCAGUCAUCCUCAUUUACGGAAGCAGAAAUAGAUAUUCGAAUGAGAGAAGAAUUUUCUAAGAUGUGCUUUGAAACACUGCUUCAGUUUUCAUUCAGUAAUAAAGUCACAACUCCUCAGGAAGGAUACAUCUCUAGAAUGGCACUGUCUGUACUCUUGAAAAGAUCACAGGAUGUACUGCGUCGCUACAUAGAAGAUGAAAGAUUAAGUGGCAAAUGUCCUCUUCCACGGCAGCAAGUAACAGAAAUCAUAUUCGUUUUAAAAGCUGUCAGCACUCUAAUAGAUUCCCUUAAGAAAACUCAGCCUGAAAAUGUUGAUGCAAACACAUGGGCACAAGUUAUUGCGUUGUACCCAACUUUAGUUGAAUGUAUCACUUGCUCAUCCUCGGAAGUCUGUUCUGCUCUCAAGGAGGCACUAGUUCCCUUUAAGGACUUUAUGCAUCCACCAGCACCCAAGGUACAGAAUGGAGAGUCUUGAAAAGAUAAAACUUUUUUAUUUUUGAAAGAAAAAAAAGUAUCCCAAAAAAGAAUGUUUGUUCCUGAGACUUCUCUGAGGAAAUCUCUUGAUACUAGUACUUGGCAACGAGCGUUGACCUUACAAUUGUACUAACAAGAGCUUUGUAAUUCAUGCAUACAAGCUUACAGCUCAAAGGUUCCAGAGUGAGUAGCAGUGCAAGCCUUUAAUAAAUUAAACUGACUAGAUGGAAUCAGUUGCAACCUAAUGUACUUGCUACAAUAUAUUGAAGUGGUGAUUGAAAAGUGGGCUUAUGUAUAGCUUGUGGUGUAUGUGUUAAUGAUGUAAUUAAAAAAAAAAGUAUUUCAAUUCAGUCAGAUUGAUUAGGCUGGUGUUUUGCACCAUUUUUUCAAGUACAAAAUUGUACUAAAAUUUUAUGCAAGAUGGUACUGUAACAUUCCAUAUGAUUAUCUGUAACCAGCCUUUGUAAACAAAGG